AUGCUUUUUUCUCGCCCUCCAAUUCUCUCUCCGUGGAUAUCAGCGUUUCGAUCGGCUCGCCAGUUACCCCUCUCUCACUCAAGGUUCUUUUCCAUCUCUGUGCCUCGCUAUUCAGUCGAUAUGGAGACCGUGAACACCUCCGAACGUCUCUCGAGACUCAGAGAGUUGAUGCAGGAACACAAGGUGGAUGUAUACAAAUUUAUCUCUGGUUUCUCCGGGUCCGCUGGAACAGCCAUUGUUUCUCUGAGCAAAGCCGCUCUGUCCACUGAUGGGCGGUAUUUCAACCAGGCUUCCAAACAGCUUGAUAACAACUGGCAGCUCCUAAAGCGUGGUGUCGAAGGCUUUCCGACCUGGCAGGAAUGGACUACCGAACAAGCUGAAGGCGGCAAGGUCGUUGGUGUCGACCCAGCUUUGAUCACAGCGUCUGGUGCCCGUAGCCUCUCGGAAACCCUCAAGAAAAAUGGCUCGACGCUGGUGGGUGUUCAGCAGAACUUGGUUGAUCUGGUUUGGGGCAAGGACCGGCCUGCUCCCCCGAGGGAGAAAGUAAGAGUUCAUCCGGAAAAAUACGCUGGGAAGAGCUUCCAGGAAAAGAUCAGCGAACUCCGCAAAGAGCUGGAGUCGAGAAAAUCGGCCGGUUUCAUCGUUUCAAUGCUCGAUGAAAUUGCUUGGCUGUUCAACUUAAGAGGCAGCGACAUCCCUUAUAAUCCGGUGUUCUUCUCUUUUGCCACCAUCACGCCUACAACUACGGAGCUUUAUGUUGAUGCUGAUAAGCUGACGCCGGAGGUGACAGCUCAUCUGGGUCAAGACGUUGUGAUCAAGCCUUAUGAUGCUAUCUAUGCCGACGCGAAGGCCCUCAGUGAGGCAAGAAAGCAAGAAGCGGGAGAAACGGCUUCUAAGUUUUUGUUGUCCAAUAAAGCUUCGUGGGCACUUAGCCUUAGCCUUGGAGGCGAGGGACAGGUCGAAGAAGUCCGUAGCCCCAUUGGCGAUGCCAAAGCAGUGAAGAAUGAUGUGGAGCUUGCGGGCAUGCGGGCAUGCCACAUCCGCGACGGUGCCGCGCUGACGGAAUACUUCGCCUGGCUCGAGAACGAAUUAGUCAACAAGAAAUCGACUCUUGACGAGGUGGACGCCGCAGACAAACUAGAACAAAUCAGAUCUAAACAUGAACUCUUUGCCGGUCUGUCGUUUGACACUAUCUCUUCUACAGGCCCUAACGGCGCGGUUAUCCACUAUAAACCGGAAAAGGGAAGUUGCUCUAUCAUUGAUCCAAAUGCCAUUUAUCUGUGCGAUUCUGGUGCUCAAUACCUAGAUGGGACCACAGAUGUUACCAGAACGUUCCAUUUCGGACAACCUACCGAGCUCGAGAAGAAGGCCUUCACAUUGGUUCUCAAGGGCGUGAUAGGUCUUGAUACUGCUGUGUUCCCGAAGGGUACGAGUGGGUUUGCACUUGAUGUGCUCGCCAGACAAUACCUCUGGAAGGAGGGACUCGACUACUUACAUGGCACUGGGCACGGAAUCGGCUCCUACUUAAAUGUACACGAGGGACCAAUGGGUGUCGGUACCCGUGUUCAGUACACCGAGGUCCCUAUAGCACCUGGAAACGUGAUUUCUGAUGAGCCUGGUUUCUACGAGGAUGGCAAGUUUGGUAUUCGGAUAGAGAAUGUUAUCAUGGCGCGUGAGGUGCAAACCACGCACAAGUUUGGCGAUAAACCGUGGCUAGGCUUCGAGCAUGUCACCAUGGCCCCUAUUGGUCGCAAUCUGAUCGAACCAUCUCUUCUCAGUGAUUCGGAGCUCAAAUGGACAUCUGGUAUGAGUGGCCGAGGAAAUUACGCCAAUGGAUACGGGCAUCCCGACACCAGCCGAUAUGACCGCACUGAUGGAGGUUAUGGAAAUAGCAACAAUCUGGCUGUAAACAGCUACGGAGGUGGACGAGAGCGUCGACCAGGGGGCUAUGGUGGAUUUUACCCUGAGACGCCGCAGCAACCUGGGUUGUCACCGUCCCAAUCACCCGACCGACGCCGCGAACGACAAGAUUGGGAUCGAGAUCGCGAAUAUUCAUCAUCACGCUCACGCACGCGAGAACGAGACGGAGACCCCGAGAGAAGGCUACAAAGUUCGUCGCGAGAUGGCCGGUCUCAAGGAGACAAUACCCGGUUGCCUGAUAGCAGCCGGGAGAAAGAAUCAAAUAUCCCUAGUUAUAACACGGCUGGGUCUCAGGCUGUUGAAGAGGUUCUGCAGUCUAUUCAACAAGAAUGGGAUCUCGUAGCCUCGGACGAAUGCGUCCCAGUUCAGGUAGCUUUGCAAUUAAUGGACACAAGUACUCUGGGGAAAGCCGAUCGCGAGCCUGAAUUUUUGAAUGUGCAUAAUCGAAUCCAAAGAACCCUGAAAUCUGUCGUUAACGAACACCACCAGGGCUUUAACAGCUCAAUCGGUACUUAUCAUAAAAUUCAGUCAAAUAUUCAAAGCUCUCAAGGCCGAGUUCGUAACUUGAAACAUGCUCUGGAACAGGCUAAAUCGGGGUUACUCUCGACUAAACCCGAACUCAAAGACCUAGCGACCUCUUCUCAGAAGUACGAUGAUAUUAUCCAGUUGUUUAGUCAAAUCCAAGAGAUCCAAUCGCUUCCGGAGAAACUGGAGUCGCGAAUAUCCGAUAAGCGAUUCCUCGCUGCGGUUGAGGUACUUCACGAUGCUUUCCGUCUCUUGCGGCGCUCUGAGCUGGACAAUAUUGGCGCUCUCGCAGAUAUUCGCGCCUACUUCACUAACCAAGAAAUAUCACUCACAGAUAUACUGGUAGAAGAGUUGCACGAUCAUUUAUAUCUUAAAUCUCCUUAUUGCUCGAAUCGAUGGAAACCACCAACCCCGGAGGGGGAGAACAACAGUGCAAGUCAAUCUGGAUGGGCUGGCGCAUCUUGGGACAGACCUGUUUACACUUUCCUUGCGAAGCUGGACGCUUCGGCCCCCAUGGUGGAGGAUGCUUCUCGCAACCCAGAAGCUGACACGUUCUACUAUAUUCGACUCAUAAUCGAAGCAUUGAAUAAAAUGGGCCAUUUGGAUAUCGCUGUCGACCGGAUUGAACAGCGGCUUCCAGUUGAACUCUUUGCAGUGGUUGACAAAACAAACGCGGAAGUUGACGUACGCUAUCCAAACUUGACUCGCGGCUUUGCAGCAAAGGAGAGCAAGACAAACCUACCGACCGAAACAAUCGAGAACCGCGGGCAUGUCCUAUCUGAGUUUCUGUGGACCUUGUAUGCCAAAUUCGAAUCUAUUGCCGAAGGUCAUCGCGUUGUCCAUGAUGUCAUUGCAGCUAUUGUUGAACGUGAAGGCAUUCCUAAAAGCAGCGCCCUUGCAGGGGGCUUCAAAGAGCUGUGGAAACUCUACCAAAGUGAGAUUCGAUCACUCAUGCAUGAUUAUCUAGCGACCGAUGGAGAAUCAUCCCUCCGACCAGGAGGCGAAGACGACUCCAAGCGCCAUCUUUACUCGGGCUACAGAGACAAAAGCAAGAAAAUGUUCAAACUGUCCGAGACGGAUGGGACGAUGGAAAUGAAAGCCGAACAAAAUGAAUUAGAUGAAAUACUCCGCUCUUCCGUCCCAGGCCUAGUGUCGAAGACACGACAGAAAUCUACUCCAAAUGGGAAUUCGGAUUCCAAGCAAGGAAAUUCAGGAACUGGCCAUAAGAUUCUUAUUGAACCAAGUGUAUUCAACAUGAGUAUCCUUCUUCCACCGUCGCUUUCUUUCAUUCAACGCCUAAAGGAAAUUGUGCCCGUGGACUCCGAUAUUGCUAUGAGUACCUUGACUUCCUUCUUGGAUGACUUUAUGGUCAAUGUGUUCCUCCCCCAGUUUGAUGAGACGGUCACAGAUCUCUGCAUGCUGAGCUACAUUACACCAGAUGCAUUUACAGAAGAUCCCCAAUGGUUGGCGGUAUCGCCGCGUCCAGUCUUCAAGGGUACGGUUAAAUUCAUGUCCAUCAUCCGCGAGUUCAGCAAAAUGCUGUCUAGUAUUCCCCAUGACCAAGCAUUUACUCAACUACUGAUUACACAAAUUGUGAAUUAUUAUGAUAAAUGCUGCGGGUGGUACAGAGCCAUCGUGACAAAAAUUUCCCCUCGUGACAAUGGUGAAUUUAGACUCAAGGCCGCUGCGCAAUAUGCCAAAUCGGGUGACAUCCACGAUGUAGUCAGUGAGCUAUGGAGAACAGAGGCAAACAACAAGGAGGAGCUUGUGGAUAAGGAAACCAACCUUCUCCUUGAACACACUAACAAAGUGCCUUUGGAGCCGUACGAUAUCAUCUCUGACCCUAAGACCGUUAUGGCUCUCUCUCUUCUAUACAAUAGCACACAAUGGCUUGCAAGCCAUCUACUGAAAUUGCGCCAAGUCACGCAGCCAUCAUCUGAACCACGGCAGCCACAAGAAAGCGGGCCGCCAAACCGCAGAUGGACCUUGAUUGGUGCCAUGGCGCCAAAACGUGAGGGAUCAAACCAACCCGUGUACCUUCCCUUGAAUCAAGAAACUGCGACUGCUUUCGAUACUACUAUCGAAUCGCUACGCGAUCUUUCUUCAACCGCACUUUUUGCUUUGCACAUUGACAUUCGGUGCGGUAUUAUUCACAUGCUCACGAGGACCAUGGCUGGCCCCGACCCCAGCAACAACCGCAAUUCCGAACCUACAACCCCCUCUCCAAACUCAAACAUUUCUUGGUGGCAUAUAGUCCUGAACCAACCAACGUCCGCUUCACCAACUGUACUCGAGCUAAACAAUGAUCUGAUCUCUUUUGAUACAAACAUCUCUUCGUAUCUGGGAUCGGCCGAGCGCUGGUAUAUCACAUCAGGAUUGGCCAGGUUUAUCGAUCGUGUGUUUAUUGCUCGUGUCCAUCUUAUCGGCGCUAUGAAUCAGAAUGGGGCCCUGCGACUUCAGUUGGACGUCCUCGUCCUCCAACAAAACCUGAAGAACAUCAUCAUUGACCCAGCUGUGGAUACGGACGAGGAAGGAAGUGCAAUACGGGCAUCUGAUCAGAACCAUGAGAUUGUCGCUCUUCCGCGUAGUGCUAAGUUCCUGGACUGGUUCCUGGAAGGCGCCGAGAAGGCUCUCGACUACGCAAAAGAUGAAAAAGAAUCAUUUGCUACACAUCCGGAAAAAGCUUUGGCUGCUGGCAAUGGCGAGCCAUUUACCUACGAUGAGCUUAGGAUCCUCGUCGAUCUCUGCUUCUCGGAUAUUCUCAAGGGGCCUAGAGGUGCGGAGAAUCGAGAAGAGUUCAUGGCUGCAAAGAAAGCAAGCGCAGACGCACUCCUUAGGUUGAAUGAGAUAAUGUGGGAUUCCAGGUAG